AAAUAAUCCGACGAAGAAGAAACCAUCAACAAGAUAUGUGAAACUUUGCCCGUUGUGUCAGUUCGUUUCGAUCUCUUCAGUAAGCAGGAUGGGAGUUUUACCAGGGAGAAACAUUUUAUGUAUACUUUUCUUAAUCAUAGUCCUGUCAGAGGGACAUUUUCGAUGGGUUGAGGCCCAGCACUGUGUGUGGUAUGGUGAGUGUGGGGAGUCUGAAAAGGUGCCUGGAAAAAAGUACAACUGCAACUACACUGGUCCUGCCCGCCCACUGCAAUCUGAGGGUUAUGACCUGCUCACGGAGCUUUGUCCUGGAUAUGACUAUGGAAACCGAAGCCUCUGCUGUGAUGUCGACCAGUUGCGCACUCUCAAAGGAAGUCUCCAGCUGCCCCUCCAGUUUCUGUCUCGGUGUCCCGCCUGUUUCUUCAAUCUGAUGAACCUGUUCUGUGAGCUGACAUGCAGCCCCCUCCAGAGUCAGUUCAUGAAUGCCACCAAGUUCAACGGGACCAAUGUAGUGGAAGUGCAGUACUAUAUUGGACAGACGUUUGCUAAUGCCAUGUACAAUGCCUGUAAGGAUGUCGAGGCGCCGUCCAGUAACGUGAAAGCCUUAUCGCUGCUGUGUGGGAAGGAUGCAAAGGACUGCAAUGCUACUAACUGGAUCCAGUAUAUGUUCAGUAUUGACAACGGACAGACUCCCUUUCCUAUAAUCCCAAUAUUCUCAGAUGUCCCAGUGAGUGGUUACACUCCCAUGAACAACAAGACAUAUGCCUGUACAGAGGGCCUGGAGGACGGUUCGGGUCCCUGCUCUUGUCAGGACUGCGCAAAGGCCUGCGGCCCCAAACCUGUACCUCCCCCUCUCCCCCCUCCCUGGACAAUCCUUGGCAUUGAUGCCAUGAUUGUCAUCAUGUGGAUCUCUUACAUGGCCUUCCUGCUUAUCUUUGUUGGACUUGUGCUGGGAGCUUGGUGUUACAGGAAACGGACCAUUAUGUCGGAGUAUGGCCCCAUUUUGGACAGCAAUAACCCGCUGUCUCUUAACAGUGAUAACCCCAAUCAAGCAAAUUCAUCAUGCUGUGAAACAUUUGGCGAACGCUUUGAGAAUUUUCUGCGGACCCUCUUUAGCUCCUGGGGAUCCUUCUGCGUGCGGUAUCCCUCUCUGGUCAUACUGGGCAGCCUGAUACUGGUGGCUGCCUCUUCUGGGGGCCUGGUCUACAUGCGCAUCACCACAGACCCUGUUGAGCUGUGGUCAUCUCCCACUAGCCAGGCUCGCCAAGAGAAGAACUAUUUUGACAGCCGUUUUGGACCCUUCUUUAGAACUGUGCAGCUCAUCAUAACCACCCCUCUCAAUUACACUGACAUCUACUCCCCAUACUUUGGAGGAUCAGAUGUCCCAUUUGGAGCCAUCCUGAGCAAAGACAUCCUGCACCAGGUUCUGGAUCUUCAGCUCGACAUCGAAAGCCUUGUGGCCACAUACGAGGACCACAAUGUCACCCUGAAGGAUAUUUGCUUAGCUCCACUGUCCCCAUUCAAUGACAACUGCACCAUCCUGAGUGUCCUCAACUACUUUCAGAACAGCCACACUGUGCUGGACCACAGCAUUGGAGACGACUUCUACGUCUAUGCCAACUAUCACAGUCACUUCCUCUAUUGUGUCAGUGCACCAGCAUCCCUCAAUGACACCACUCUCCUCCAUGACCCCUGUUUAGGCACCUUUGGCGGCCCCAUCUUCCCUUGGCUGGCCCUCGGGGGUUAUGAUGCAACCAACUACAACAAUGCCACAGCUCUAGUAAUCACCUUCCCACUCAAUAACUUCUUGAACGACACCGUCAGGCUGGGCAAAGCUCUGGCAUGGGAGAAAGAAUUCAUCAAGUUCAUGAAGGACUUCAAAAAUCCCAACCUGACCAUAGCCUUUAGUGCAGAGAGGAGUAUUGAAGAUGAAAUCGACAGAGAGAGCAACAGUGACAUCAACACCAUAGUAAUCAGCUAUGUCAUAAUGUUCAUCUACAUCUCCCUGGCCUUGGGUCACAUCCACAGCUUCAGGAGACUGCUGGUGGACUCAAAGAUAUCUCUUGGCAUAGCAGGUAUCCUGAUUGUGCUCAGCUCGGUGGCCUCCUCACUGGGCAUCUUCAGCUAUUUUGGUAUCCCCCUCACCCUCAUUGUGAUUGAAGUCAUUCCUUUCCUGGUGCUGGCUGUUGGAGUAGAUAACAUCUUUAUUAUAGUACAGACAUAUCAGAGGGAUGAGCGGAUGCCCCAGGAGGAACUUCACCAGCAGAUUGGUCGUAUUCUUGGAGACGUUGCCCCAAGCAUGCUUCUCUCAUCCUUCUCAGAAACAGUGGCCUUCUUCCUGGGAGCCCUGUCCAACAUGCCUGCAGUGAGGACAUUCUCUCUGUUUGCUGGCUUGGCUGUUUUUAUCGAUUUCCUGUUGCAGAUCAGCUGCUUUGUCAGCUUGCUCGGCCUGGACGCCAGAAGGCAAGAGGGGAAUCGACUCGACAUUGUUUGCUGUGUGAAGCUGCCAGAAGGUCAGGAAACGAAGACAGAUGGCUUCCUGUUCCGCUUUUUCAAGAAAAUCUAUGCCCCUUUCGUCCUCAAAGAAUGGGUGCGACCGAUCAUAGUGGCAGUGUUUGUGGGAAUGCUCUCCUUCAGUAUUGCUGUGGUGAAUAAAGUAGAGAUUGGACUGGACCAGAAGCUCUCCAUGCCUGAUGACUCGUACGUCCUGGAUUACUUUAAGAACAUGACCGAGUAUCUCCACACUGGAGCUCCGGUGUACUUUGUGGUAGAGGAUGGUCUCAACUACAGCAGUCCAGAGGGCCAGAAUGUUGUGUGUGGAGGAGUGGGCUGCAACAACAACUCUCUAGUCCAGCAGGUCUACACGGCAUCACUCAUCAGCAACUACACAACCAUUGCCUUCACACCGUCCUCUUGGCUCGAUGACUACUUCGACUGGGUGAAGCCUCAGUCCACCUGCUGUCGAUAUUACAACACCACGGGAGCCUUUUGCAAUGCCUCGGUGGUAAAUUCCAGCUGUGUACACUGUCGGCCCAUGACACCCAGCGGGAAGCAGAGGCCAGUGGGAGACGACUUCAUGCGGUUUCUGCCCAUGUUUCUGUCAGACAAUCCCAACGUCAAGUGUGGAAAAGGUGGCCACGCAGCCUACGCCACAGCAGUUGACCUGUAUCCUGGGAACACGGGGGUCGGAGCCACUUACUUCAUGACUUAUCACACCAUAAUGAAAGAAUCCACGGACUUCAUACACGCUUUAAAAAUGGCCAGAAGUCUGUCUGAUAAUAUCACUCAGUCCAUGGACCACAAAGUUUUUGCUUACAGCGUCUUCUAUGUGUUUUACGAGCAGUACCUCACCAUUGCGUACGACACAGCUCUGAACCUGAGUGUGUCACUGGCAUCCAUAUUUGUGGUGUCGACUGUGUUGUUGGGCUUCGAGAUGUGGUCAGCCGUGCUUGUCAGCGUUACCAUCGCUAUGAUCCUGGUCAACAUGUUCGGAGUUAUGUGGCUGUGGAGCAUCAGCCUCAAUGCAGUAUCGCUGGUGAACCUGGUCAUGAGUUGUGGUAUCUCAGUGGAGUUCUGCAGUCAUAUUGUACGAGCUUUUUCCGUCAGCAUGAAGAAGAACAGAGUGGAGCGAGCUGAGGAGGCCCUGGCUCACAUGGGCAGCUCUGUAUUCAGUGGGAUCACAUUAACAAAGUUUGGUGGUAUCCUAAUCCUGGCGCUUUCCAAGUCGCAGAUCUUCCAGGUCUUCUACUUUAGGAUGUACUUGGCCAUAGUGUUGCUGGGGGCCACACACGGCCUGAUUUUCCUCCCCGUGCUGCUCAGUUAUAUCGGUCCCUCAGUGAACAAAGCGAAGGUGUUUGCUACCAACGAGCGCUAUGCUGGUACAGAAAGGGAGCGCCUCCUCAACUACUAGCAGGCCAUGUGGGACAAUGGACAAUGAACAAUGAACUAACUAUUUGUCCCAGAGAGACUGUGUGGGUGUGAGCGCAAGCCGUUUCUGAUUACUGACACACUCAUCAUCGCUGCGAUUACUAUGCGCGGGUUUAGCUCAGGAAUAUACUGGGGAAUUGGAGCGCAAGAGGCCUUGUCCAGCUGCAUACUUACUGAUUUUCCUAGGAAAACUUCGGACCCCGACCCCUCCUCCCCCACCUCACACUACAUUACAAGUCUGGCUUCAGUACGUGAAGCAUGAGUGACUUACCACUGAACAGAAAACGAAGUAGGAGAGUCGCAACCCCCCCACCAAGUCAAAUGACUGACCGACAGUCAGUUCCGUAUGCUAUGAGCUUUUUUGAUCUUGGGGAAACUCAAAAGGGUAAAGCUGGUCAGUUUUGUCAAUGUAUGCCAGAACAAAAGCAAUGAGUAAAAGGAUAUCUGUUUGCUAACAUUUAGUUCCAUGGGACUUUCGUAGAACUAUUUCAUAUUAUGAAUCAUUUGCACAUAGUGGAGCUAACAGGUAACAGUAAAGCUAGACUCUCAUUACCUGGUAUUAACAUGUACGACAUCUGGGACUGUGUCUGUACCCUGUAUUAUAUAGCAGGCUGGCUUGUUGUAGUAUUUUAAUCUCACAAUCGAGUGUGCGAUGAUUUGCCCAGUAAUUUUUUUGACUACAGCAAACCAGAUUUUAAAUAGAACUUGUAGGUUGACUUGAACUUGACUUGAAGUGCUGAUUUUUGGUUUAAAGGCUUUUCUUUUUUUUUCUUUUUUUUUGAGCAUGUUGUGAGUGUUGGGAGAGCAGAGUAAAAACAAAAAGUUACAAUUUUUAUGUGGAUGUGGACAUAAACCUCCUCAAAGUUGAAACCUGUGAGGGCAUUUAUGGCCAUCAUUUCGUUUUUAAAGUCAGCCAUGUUGUCUUCCAAACUGCAUUCUGCCUGCUCUUUUAUGUCCAUAGUUGUAGCUAUUUAUGUGACCUGCUACGACAUGUAAUUUUAAAACUAUGUUAAUGCAUCUUAAGCACGAAAACCCCUGUGUGACAUCAGCCAAGGUACAUGUUGAUACCAGGUAUAAAGGGUGCUGUAAAUCCUAAUAAUGGUUUUACAUUGAAGUGUAAAUGAGAGACUAUGCAGUAACUGGAAAAAAAAAAUAUUUGUUGCAUCAAGAAGUGAAGAAACAAAGCUUUACAUUUAACUGUAAAUAUCACACACAGGACAAAUUUUUUUCAUUUGUCAUUCAGAGUAUGUCUAUACAGAAUACUGUAGAAUAACUGGAUAAUAGUACAUCCCUGACUUUUUCAUUCACACACAUUUAAGUUAUUAUUAUUGUCAUAUUUUAACUAUUAACAUUUUGAUACCACACAUUGCUGUCUUAAAAAAACCCUUGGAAGUAGCUAAGGGCCGUGUUCACAUGCAUCACCUGUACCUCCACAUGUCUGAGAUUAUAACCGGUCGAGUUGUGUUUAGGAGUAGGAGUGUGACAUUGUUGGGAGACCAUGUUAACAUUUUAUCCAAGACGUAUAAACCUCUAAAGAGAGACCUCUAAAGAAACAAUACCAUUCCACUUUUUUUUUUUCACUACGAUGCCAUAAUGUUUUAUGGAAUGUAGGGAAGAAUUGUGUUGAUGUUUACAAGCAGCUGACAAAUUGUGCUUGUUAACCGUGCUGUGCAUUGACAUGAACAAAUAAUUUCCAACACAGAAUAUGAUUGUCAUGAAAGUGUCUGAACCAAGAAUUUUAACUAUUUUAACAUGUAUUAAAUUGUUCUAAGAAAAGAAGGCAAA